CUCUCUCUCUCUAAACUUAUCUCCUUCCUAUGUCGAGCAGUAGGCUUCUCUCCGAUGUCUACAAAACCCAUUGUCUUCUUCUUCUUCUUGCCCUGCUUUUGGUCAACUGCCAUGCUCAAACAAGUCCCAAUUGUGUCUCCUCUUGUGGAAAUAUCCACAUCAGUCCCCCAUUUCGACUGAAAGAAGAUUCCGAAAACUGCGGAAACAAGAAAUACGAACUGGAAUGCGACCACAAUCGUCCUGUACUGUACUUGAAUUCCUCUGCAAAAUACUACGUCCACGCCAUCAACUACGACAACUACACAAUCCGACUAGUCGAUGUUGGCUUACAACAAGGAAAUUGCUCUUCCCUCCCUCUUUAUUCUUUAUCAGAUCUCAACUUCCCUUAUGCUGACGAAUACCAAUAUGCAUUAGAGUUCCCUUACGGAGUCGAUUAUUCUGUUUCUGGGUAUAUUUUUUACCAUCAUCAUCGAAUCCCAUGGGAUGUGGCUGUGGCACUCUGGGUAGAUUGUGAAAAGCCAGUAAAAUCUCGAUUCUACGCGGAAAGUAAUACUAGUGCUUCUAGUUGUAUUGAUAAAGCAACUUCUUCUGCACUCUCUUCCGGGGAAAAGAGACGCUAUUCUUACUUUCUGUUCGGAAGCUUAAAACUUUCGGACGUGGCAGAUCAGUGCAAAAUAGAUGAGAUACGUAUAACAACGUUGUGGUUGCCAGCUGAUAAAAGCCAAGCAAACAUUUCCUACUCGGAUUUCCACAGUAAAUUGGAGUAUGGGUUUGAGCUUUCCUGGCUGUCCUCUCUCUGCGACCAAUGCGAAGGCCUAGGAAAUCACUAUUGUUACAUUGGGUCUAAUUACAGCGUCAAUUGCUACAAAUUCUGCGAUUAUUGGUCCAGCGCCCAAAACAGGACCAUUGGAUGUAAGUAAGAUUUUCUAUUCGAUACCUUAAUUAAUGUGAACUCUACUACGCCACUUACGUAGAAGUAGUAGUGAUGAACUUAUACAAAAUAAGGCUACAAAAUACUCAUCUGUGUCCAAAUGUUUUAUACCUUGAAAGUACUGCAGGGUACCCGAAAAAAGAGCCCCGAAGUUAUUCCAAAUACCCCCUGUGUCCUAAUUUAUUUGUUUGUCGUUCUAUUCUAACCGGAUAAAAAACUAGUUAUUAAAUCUUUAAAUUGGUAAUAAAUUUUACAUUUAAUAUGGAUAAUAUAUCUCGAUUUGUUCUAUAAUACAAUAUUUUUAAAAUCACAUAAAACACUAUAAAUUACAAGAUAUAAUCAAUUGAAAAGU